GCGCAGACAUGCUGUCUCUGGACGAGCCUCUGGACCUGAAGCUGCCCUCGGGGCGGACAGACGGACGCAUCACGCUAGGAAAGAGAACGUAUCCCUCCGCCAUCUGCAGGCCGAUCUGCUUCCCCUCGCCACCCUCCUCCCCAGAGUCGCAGUUCUCGCCUCAGGAUGGACCCUGCUGCAGUCCUCCAGCCGUGGACCUCCGCCUCGCCCCCCCCCCCCCCCCUCCUCCCCCCACAGCAGUCCCCGGCCUCACCUCUUCUCUCAG